UCUAUUUUGUAUGUUGCGUAUUUUCAAUUAAAGUCUAAGAUAUUAAUUAACUGAAAUACUGGAGUGAUAUCAAAAUGGGUCAAAUGGGGGAUCACGAUAACGAUAACAUUACAUCCGAUUGUCAAACUGAACAUGACAUUGAUAUUGAAAAUAAAGAGAGCCAGAAAAAGUACAAAUGUAAUUAUCCUAACUGCAGUGCUACAUUUUUACGACCUAACAGAUUGGAAAGACACACAAAAUCUCAUACUGGAGAGAGACCUUAUAAAUGUGUGUAUCCAGGAUGUACAAAAUCAUAUACGAAUUCGUCUCAUUUAAGAAGACAUUCAGAAACGCAUAACUCUGUGAAGAAAGUUUACAAAUGUAAAGAAUGCUUAAUGUUGAUGAGUACUUUACAUAAUUUGAAACGUCAUUAUAAGCGUGUGCACAGCGAGAAGAAACUCUCCUGUAAAGAAUGUGGUAUAUCUUUUAACAAGAGAUAUCAAUUAAUCAAUCAUCAAGCUGAACAGCAUUUAGGAUCUAUGUAUAAGUGUGAUAAAUGUAAUAAAAGUUUUGGAACUUUGUCUAUAUUUGACCGGCAUCGAAAGAUACAUGAGAAACAUUAUCCUUGUUCUGAAUGCUCAGAGGAAUUCAGAAACUUGAUGCUUCUAAAUGCGCAUAUAAAAACAAAACAUGUAACAAAUUAUAAAUGUGAUACUUGUGGCAAAGUUUUUCUUAAAAGAGACUAUCUAAGAAAACACAGUAAAAUACAUUUUGAAGACAGAUUGGUUCUACCAUGCCCAUAUGAUAAUUGUCAUAGAUCUUACUUUUUUAAAUCUAAUUUAGAUGAGCAUGUAAAAGCUAUUCAUCUUGGAAAAAAAUUUUAUUGCGACAUAUGCUCCAUGGGACUUACGACGAAGGCAAGGUUGGUACAACAUAUUCAACGUCAUUACAAACCCAAGGAGAGGAAGAAAAAUAAAGUACAACGAAAAAAGCGAAAGGAUGCUGGUGUACCAAAGAAAAGUGUGUUAAGUGCCUUAAUUGGAAUAAAUUUGCCAAGUAGUUUAGAAAAAAUGGUGAUGGAACGAGAAACAAAGAUAAAUAAUAUAGCGACAACACUGCAAGCACCUUGA